GCUUUUAUUAGCUCGAUACGGUAAGGCCGCGCUCAUAUAUCAUGUGACCUGGAUCUCUGGCUGAUGAUCACUGCGAGAGAGCCUGUGUCGACCGCCACUCUCCAUGGUCAAUCGCCAUUUAUGCAUGAACGGGAUUGCCUAAGGAAUGGAGCCGAGGAUACGCUACUGGCCUUUCCAUUGCGGUAGGAUGGGAUCUGUUACUGGUCUUGGUGCGGACUCGUUCAAGAUGAGGGCUUCAUGCUUGGCCUUGCCUUUGGAACGCGAGUUGCCCCAUGUGAAGUGAGCAUCACGCGUGACACAUGGCCAACAGCAUGCUUAGUGAUGGCUGUAAAUAAGGAUACUUCGUGAUUGUUCGAAAUCCAGGCCAAUCUCGUGAACAAGUGCGGCGUCAUCACGAACUCAGAGUACCCCGCGCGCCGCACUUGAUGAGGCUUGGUCGAUCCUCCCUUGCUGUGCACUUAGCUCUUCUUGAACUCACCAACAUCGAAGACCGCGAAGCAAUCACUAUGCAGGAAAUGAAUGUCCUCAUACUUGGAGCUGGCUGGACGUCGACGUUCUUGAUCCCACUCCUAAAAGCCCGUAAUUUGACAUACGCGGCCACAUCUACGACUGGCCGCGAAGGAACCAUCAAGUUCAAGUUCGACCCUUCAGAAACGGACCCAUCCUAUUUUAAGACUCUGCCUGCUGCUCGAAAUGUCCUGAUCACAUUCCCGCUCAACGAAAAGGGUCAGUCUCAUCGGCUGGUGUGGUCGUACAACUUCACACAUCAACGCUCUGGCUCGAACGUCCGAUACCUCCAGCUGGGAUCCACUGGCAUCUGGCAAAUCGAUCAGGAGGCAACGUGGGUUGACCGGCACUCACUCUACAACAAGGAGAACGCGCGAGCAAUUUCCGAGGAUGAGCUCAUGUCCAUGGGUGGUUGUGUAUUGAAUCUUGCGGGACUCUGGGGUGGUGAACGACAGCCACGGGGAUGGGUUGGCCGAGUGGCGACCACAAAGGAUCAAGUCAAGAGCAAGAAAAGCUUGCAUCUGAUCCACGGCGAGGAUGUGGCGAGAGCUAUCUUAGCAAUCUUCGACAAGUGGGAGCAGGCUAAGGCUUCAGGCUCACGCUGGAUGUUGACCGAUGGCCAAGUCUACUGCUGGUGGUCGCUAAUGGUAGGAUGGGCCAAACAAGGCAAAGAUGUGGACGAAGAGCCUAGCAAGCAGAGUCGAUGGGUCUAUGAGCUGAUGGAGGAGGAAAAUGUCAAGGCAUUGCCCAGGGACAUGGAGACGCUGGGUAGGUGUUAUGAUAGUCGCGAGUUCUGGAAGACUUUCGGCCUUACACCGUUGAGAAGCCGUAUCUGACGCGGCUCGGAAUGCGUUCGCUGUGCCUGAUAACAUAAUAUACUCGUUCAAUCAUUAUUAUUCUUAAAAUCCUCAUUCGAGGCGCUCCCAAAGCUGGGUCGGGCAUCUGGCCCUAUGAGUAUCGUCUGUCGAUGUUUAUGGACCAGAAGCGGCUCCAUGCCAUGAGAGACAACCCGUGAGCUUUUCGCUUUGAUUAGUACCUAGGAUUUCUAUCAUGGUGUCGAAGCACCCACACACUGCAGGGAGGAUUGAUGACGCUUUCCAUAUCUGAAUCAUGUAAAGUACAAAUUUUUAGAUACGUCAGUAACGCCAACAGUUUUCGAGCCAACGCUGUUCAGGCAGAAAAG